AUGCCGACCUCAAACCACCAGCGCCAGCAACGACGUGCCACGGCUCGCCGCGCCGCUGUUGCGACCGACGACGUGCCCGACGCCGUCCCGCGGCCGAAAGGAAGAGGCCCGCGCAACCAUUUCUGGGACCCGCGGCCGCCGGGCGUGCGGCGGCACAACGAGUCGAACGAACCGAACCAGCGCAGAGCGGCGCGUCUCGCGAGCGCCCGCGGCCGCCACGCCGACGCCGUCCGCGGCCGACGGUGGUCGCGAAUCAACGCGGCGCGGUGCAACGAGGCCAAGUCCUUCCAGGCUCCCGCCAGCAGCGCCUCGUGGCGUGGGCUGCACGGCCCUUCGAGACGGCCCGGGGGGCGGUGA